UUUUUUUUUUCUUUUUGCAUUAGGCAAUGAACAGCAAAGGAAAGCCAACACGUGUUAGCAGUGGAGAAAAAGAAGAACGGGAACAAUCCGGUAAAGAUAUAUCAAAAGGAAUACUAGCGCAACGUGCCCGACGAGAACGAGAACGUAUUUUUAAGCAAACCACUGAAAGGCGAUCGGAACAACACUCGCCGAUAAAUACAAGUAUUCAACCUCUCCGAGACGGGAAUAUUAGAGCCGAUGGGCGAGACCAACAUGUCGUACAUGUUCCCGAGGAUGCACAAAGAAUAGGGGCAAUGGCUAAGAAAAGGAAGGCAACGUAUGUAGGGAGUGGAAAGGAAAACUCUGAGGAUGCACAAAGAAUAGGGGCAAUGGCUAAGAAAAGGAAGGCAACGUAUGUAGGGAGUGGAAAGGAAAACUCUGAGCCACAGGUUGGUAAAGAGAUAUCAAAAUUGGCAUUGGCACAACGUGCACGACGGGAACGAGAACGAAACCUAAAGCAAAGCACUGCUCAGCGAUCAGAACAACACCUGCUAUGGGAUACUAGGACACAACCUCUACACGAAAUAAAUAUCGGGGCUACCCGUGAUGAGCACUAUGCCAACAUUGGCAACAACCUCCAUAUUCGUGAGGUAGAGCCACUUCGAGACAUAAAUGUUGGAGUUGAAAUCCAUGAAGAGCGGAAUGUGAACAUCAUACGUGUUCGUGAGGUACCCAACGGUAAUAUUAUAUCAAAAAAAGCAAUGGCCCAACGUGCACGACGAGAACGAGAGAGAAAUCUAAAGCACGGUUAUUCUUAUCAAUCGGGACAACGGUCUCAAGUCGAGCGAACCAAUGAAUGUCUACAACCGAUACCACAUGCAAACUCUCCUUUGACACCCAGUCGUCGCCCUCUCAACUGCUUUGGACAAGGAUCAAUAGUCACCCAACCUAUCGAAAAGCAACAGAGGGUUGCACAAACGAACACGUCUUUGUCCUUCAUGCCAAAUACAACUUCCACCCAGCACACCAAUCGGCCUACUCUUACCGACCAAAUGGAACUAUGUUAUGAAGACGAAUUGGAGGAGUCUGUGAAUUUAGAGGGACUUAGCAGAUCUCACGUAAUUCCAGGGAGGCAUAAUCUUGGCAAUAUGGAUAUUAAAUGUACCCAUUGUAAAGCCCUACAUUGGAUGGAUGAGAGAUUGACAAAAUCUUCUACAAGUCAUCCAUUAUUCGGCACUUGCUGUUUCCAAGGAAAGAUAAGACUACCUACACUUAUUACACCCCCUCCGCCAAUUCGAGCAUUGUAUGAUGGGGAUGAUGAUCGAUCAAUAUCAUUUCGAAAACAUAGUCGGGAGUAUAAUGCAACCAACGCUUUCACAAGUCUUGGAGCUACAUUGGAUCCACGAAUGCUAAGCGGAAGGGGUCCUACAUCUUUCACUAUCCAUGGGGAAUUGCGACAUCGUGUAGGUUCACUGCUGCCACAACAGGGAAAGGAUGCAUCGUAUGCUCAACUGUAUAUUUACGAUCCAGCUUCAGCUUUGGAAGUCCGCAAUCGUAGAAAUCAACAAUUGAGAAAGGAUGUACUACAAACUAUCCAAGAAACUUUGUUGCAAGUUAAUCCAUUUGUGGAUAAAUUCCGUCAGGCAUAUGCAAUUCUAGAUCAACUGGACAUUACAGAACAAACUUUACCUGCCCACCUUCACUAUAAUUCGUCAAAAGAUCGACGCCGAUAUAAUUUACCAACAUCAGAUGAGAUUGCGGUAGUUAUACCUGGAGAUGGAUCUAAAGCCAGCGGCAUGAGAGAUAUUGUCUUGCAUUUGAGAGGAGAUAAUCAAUUGAUGCAGAUUAACGAAUGUCACCCAGCAUAUUUGCCACUACACUACGUCUUGCUAUUCCCACGUGGAGAACUUGGAUGGGAACCUGAGAUGAAACAGUGGGAUGUUAAGAAUAACCGACCUGCGUCCGUGCGACUAACCCAAAUGGAAUAUUAUAGUCACCAUUUAUUUGAGCGUCGAACAGAGUAUUCAACCAUUUUGAGGGGAGGAAAAUUAUUUCAGGAGUUUUUGGUAGAUUCUUGGGCAGCAACUGAGCAGAAUCGGUUAACAUACUACAAGCUUAAUCAAGCGAGACUUCGUACUUCUCUGUACCAUGAUUUGACUGAUAUUGGUCCUGAUGGCUUAGAACCUGAUCAAAUUGGACAAAGGAUGAUUUUGCCAUCUUCGUUUACUGGUGGCCCAAGACACAUGUUCGAGAUAUUUCAAGAUUCAAUGGCUAUCACGAGAUACAACCAUCACCCUGAUAUUUUUCUCACCAUGACUGCAAAUCCCAAAUGGCCAGAAAUUACUUCUGCCCUAUUGCCUCAUCAAACCGCUGUUGACCGUCUUGAUUUAGUUGCCCGUGUUUUCGAGCUAAAGAGAAAGGCUUUGAUGAAGGAGAUUGAAAAAAAUAAAGUGUUUGGUCAGAAAGUUGCCCACGUGUACACUAUUGAAUUUCAAAAACGUGGUCUGCCCCAUAUGCAUGUACUAUUCUUUCUUCUAGGUCGGGAUAAAAUUCGUACUUGCGCUCAAGUUGACAAGUUAGUUUGUGCUGAAUUCCCAAACCUUGAAGAUGAUCCUGAACUAUUUGAAACGGUCAAGAGUUGUAUGGUACAUGGACCAUGCGGCGCGCGAAAUCCGCACGCAACCUGCAUGGAAAAUGGAAAAUGCACUAAGAGGUACUCUCGAGCAUUUGCAGAAACAACCACCAUGGACGAAAAUGGAUAUCCCAUCUACCGUCGUCGUGAUGAUGGGAAAGUGUACAUUGUCAGGGGACACGAAGUUGAUAAUAGGGAUGUUGUGCCAUACAAUCCUCAUCUAUCCAAAAUGUUCAAUUGCCAUAUUAAUGUAGAAGUUUGUGCUGGAAUGAGAUGUGUAAAAUACAUUCACAAGUACAUUUACAAGGGUCACGAUCGAGCAACGACGGUGUUGGGAUCAGUUAAUGAAAUAAAGCAAUAG